AUGAGCCAGACAAUGGCGAAGGCGACGGUAUUACAGACUUUCUGCACUAAAUGCAGUGUGAAACGAACAUUUGAGAUAAACGAGUACCUUACGCAUGAAACGAAUCGAUGCUCUACAUAUGGCGUUUUUGAACAACUAUCUAUCUAUCCCCUUGUGAACACAACUGUACGAGAAUGCAUCGCGAUUCCAUUAUUUCCCCGUUGUUAG